AGUUUGCCAAGACCUUUAAGUAAGCUCGGUUGCGAGAAGACAUAGUGCACCAAAUCCUGCUGAAAUUCAGUGCAGUGAUUGAGCUCACAACGCAAAUAUUUUACUUGCCGUUUGGAUCUAAAAGCACAAAAAAAGGACAGAAGGAAAAAAGAAAGAAAUUACUAAGGAAUUUCUGCAUAAAGGUAGCAAAAUAGUUGUCUUAGUAUCAAUAUUACAGCUAUUAUCAGUGUCAUGCUUCAUGGGAAGAAGUUGGCCAAGCAGGUGCUGCUGCCGUCUGUGCUGGAAGACGAUGACGCAGAAACAGAAAGUGGGAAGCUGCAGCUGGGGGAGCCAAGAAUGAGCCAGACAGAGGUUGAUAUGCGUGGGCCAAAAGACCAACACUCAAGCCCUGACAGGAACGUGCUAGACGGAGGCACAAGACACGAGGAAGACGAAGAAAAGGAGCCUGAAGUACAGGAGUGCUUGAGCUCUGAUGAGGACUAUGAUACAGAUUUGGAGCUUGAAGGUAAGGAGGCGGCAUACGAUCUGACGGGGCAGACAUGCUACAUGACAGCGUGUAAAACGUUCCGGGUGGUCCCUGCCUCUUAUUUCCUGCAGCAUAUGCAAAAUAGCACGCUGGUUAUGAUGCAUCGCGGCCUGGGGCCUCAGGGCACCAAAGCACUGGCGGUUCCCCUGGUAACCAACACUUCAAUACUGCGGCUGAACCUGCGAGAUAAUUGGAUGGAAGGCAUGGGUGGAGCUGCUAUAGCUGAGAUGUUAAAAGGAAAUUGCUACAUUACAGAGGUGGACCUGUCCAAUAACAAUCUAGAGGUUUAUGGAGCCAAAGCCAUAGCUGGUAUGCUUAAAGAGAACAGCACCCUGGUGAGCCUCAUUCUGUCAGGAAACCAUUUCACAGACCGGUCCACUGAACACCUCUGCCCAGCGCUGAUCACCAACACCAAACUACAGCACCUCGACCUCAGCUACAAUGCUCUGGGGGAGAGUGCAGGGGAACACCUGGGAGAUGCUCUGUCUGAGAACACCGGGCUGAGAUCGCUAAACCUGGCAUGGAAUUGCAUUCGACAAAAAGGAGCAGCAAUGCUGGCCAAUGGUCUUGGGGAAAAUGUUUUUCUUAGAAUACUGGAUCUGUCAUUUAAUGGCUUUGGGAAAGAAGGAGCCAGUGCUUUAGGACAGGCUCUUAAAGAGAACAAUGUUUUAGAAGAGUUAAAUAUCAGUAACAACCGAAUACCCCCUGAAGGAGCGAUCCACCUCGCCAUGGGCCUCAAAGUAAACAAGACAAUCAAAUCCCUGAAUAUUGGUAGGAACCCCAUCCUGAAUGCUGGAUGCUAUGGGAUCCUUAAAUCUGUACAGGACAACCCAGAUUCAGCCUUGGAGACUUUAGACUUUUCAGACAUCACAGUAAGCCGGGAUUUUGAAGACUUGUAUACAGCAGUGAAAGAAAUAUUCCCUGCGCUUAGAGUAAAUCAUGGGGGCCGCUUUGGCACAUUCAGCAAAGCAAAAGCUUGAAAAGUGUUACUGUAAUUGCUGUACUUUUAUGCCAGCAAAGAUGGAAGAAAUCUUGUCAAAGCCCUAUGGACGUUUUCAUCAACAGAUAAACCAAAGGAUGCAUGCCUGCAAAAAUAUAACUUUUAAAAAGAUGUCUUUUUUUUGUUGUUAAAGAGCCAUGAGAGCAUAUCCUUCUGAAUAAAAUGCACUGUGAAUAAAUAAAACUUCUUAAA